UUUAAAGAACCUUUUGAUUUUUGAUAUUCUUUCUCUUUUCUUUGUAUAAUUCUUUUUAACCUAACUGUUGAGUGGACGAACUGAUAUUAUCAUUGCCAAUAAUAAAAAAAAUGUCGCAUCCUGAUAAACCGGUAAAGAUAUCGAAAUUGCUAAGAGCUAAAGCACAUGAAUUUCUUUCUUCCCAUAAGAAUUCUAAUGCUUUAAUAACGAUAGUUAACCAUUUUGAUUCGGGAGCCGAUACAACGUCAUGUUUGUUGGCUUUGGAAAUGAUUUUUACAAAUCUUUUAAAAGAAAAGCAAAUGCUUAUCCAAAUUAUACCCUUAAAACCUAUGGAAAAUAACGCAGAAAAUCAGUAUAAACAGUGGCUAAAAAACGCCUAUGAGGAGUGUUAUCAAAAAAUUUUAAGCUGUUUGGGUCACGAAUCGCCAAAAGUAAAAAUCCAAGGCUUGUCAACUGCUAUGAACAUACUGUCCUAUGAAGGAAGGUAUCCCUUAGAAACCAAAGGUUCUUUUGAUAACUAUGUUCCAUUACAAAAAUUAAAAUCGAUUUUAAUAAACAUAUUAUCGGGCAAGCAAAAUACUGCAAAUCUUAUUAGUAAAUACACAGAAUAUUUACUCUUUGAUGAUAUUUUGUUUUUUACAUGGAAACUGUUGCCUUCUCUAACAGCAAAAACAAAUCCAAAUGAUAUUUACAUUAUGAAUUAUUUGAUGUUAUUAGAAAAGUUGCAAAUUUGUGCUAAUAGCGAAGCCAAAUGCCUCUGUGGGGAUGGAAGUGCACAAUGUUUCACUUUUGAUGAAGCUGUAACAAAAAAGUGUCUCAACAAGAUGUGGCAUUGUCUAAUGCACUGGGACCAUACCCCUGAAACCCAUAAGCAACUGCUUAUAGUGUUGUUAGAAAAAGUUCUUGUUCAUCUCGACAAGCCAUUACUGCUCACAGACUUUUUAAUGGAUUCUUUAGAUGUUGGAGGACCAGUGAGUUUGUUGGCAUUACAAGGAAUCUUCACUAUGGUCCAAGUACACAAUUUGGAUUAUCCAAACAUAUUUACCAAGCUGUAUUCCAUGUUUGAGCCUGAAAUAUUCAUAACUAAAUAUAAAGCUAGGUUGUUUUACUUGGCAGAUCUUUUUUUGAGCUCAACUCAUUUACCGGAGAAUUUGGUUGCUGCUUUUGUGAAAAGGCUGGCGCGAUUGGCCUUAUUAGCAUCUUCAGAGGAUAUUAUUAUCAUAUGUAAUUUCAUUGGAAAUUUAAUUAUCAGGCAUCCAGGACUCAAAUGUUUGCUGAACAAAAGUAGUGAAACAAUAGUCAGUUCAGAUCCCUACAUAAUGGAGGAAAGAGAUCCAUUAAAAUCAAAUGCAAUUAGCAGUUCUCUUUGGGAACUCCAGUCGCUGCAGCACCAUGUCCAGCCCAGCGUCGUAAGUGCUGCCAAAUUUAUAAAUUGCCCAUUGCCUCAUGUUGAGUGGGACAUUGGUAAAAUAUUAGAAAACACCGGGGACGAUAUAUUCGACAAAGAAGUUAAGAAAUUUGGUAACCUUAUAGUGUUACAAUUUGAAAAACCUAAUGGAUUAUCCUUAAAUAGAGGUGAAAAAGUUUCCCAUUACUGGGAUAUUUAAACUGCAACUUUUUGUGAUGAAAAACUAUUUAACUUGCAUAUUUUUAUGUCAUUACAGCUACAAUUUUUCCUUCGAUAGACAUAGUUUCCGGAAAAUAAACUUUUUAAUUUUUUUUGCCAGUAUUUUUGAGAAAAUACAAAAAAUGUUCUAGCUGUUAGAUAUAUCUUCGAAAUGGAAGAGCAUAGGCUCAGCUUCCAAAAUUUUCAUCAAUGUUAAGUCUAAAAAAGCUUACUUGCAAAAUUUAAGUUGAUUUAUUAAAAAUUCCUUGACUUUGGUAAUAACUAUCAAACAUAUCUGUGAACUACCACUUUUAUACUAAUCCAUGAAUGUUUACAAUUAAUUCCUUUAUAUUUAAACAUGGCCUAUUUUUUUGCCCAAAAUAUGUGAUAAUUGUUAAGUACUAUAUUUGUUAGAACUGUGUGCAAAAUAAAUAUGACUAUUCCA